ACGAACGCCUGACGCGCCGGUGGGUGUGCUGCGAGCCGCGGGCGGACGGGGUCUUCGGCGACUGCGCGGGACACGCCGACCGGCCGGACAAGACGGCACCGUCUUAGGAAGCAGAUUUGCCGUGGUGUUGAAGGUGUUGACUGUCAGUGGAGCUCGGGCGGGCGGCAGGCUCGCGGCGUCCGCAGGCGGUAGCGGAGGACAUCCGGUGUCGGGCAGUGGACGAGCGCGUCACUGUCGCCGGUGGCGUGGCCCGAGCGGCGGCGCCGGGAGCGCAUACAUUUUGGCGCUCUGCGUCUGAACUUGUAAUGCUGUCCAAGCGCCUGUGACCUGCAACGAUGCUCUUCCAACUAUAUUGGGUCGUGCUGCUCGCGGCGUGGGCGCUCCCCUGCUUGUCGCUGGAGGAGAACGUCUGCAUCGGCACGAGCGGACGCAUGUCCGUGCCGGGCAACCGCACCACCCACUACCAGAACCUCAGGGACCGCUACACCAACUGCACCUACGUAGACGGCAACCUGGAGCUCACCUGGCUGCAGGACGACCGGCUCGACCUCAGCUUUCUGCAGUACAUCCGAGAGAACCAGUGA